UCUGCCGGGGCGGUUGUGGGGCGGCGCCAGGGCCCGUCCAGAGUUCGCCCUGUUCCCCGCCCGGCCGGGCCGCGGGUGGGGAGCGAGGCGGGUCGGGGGCCGCGGGGCUCCCGGGCGCGUGGGUCCCGCGGCGGUGGGUCCCGCGGCGGUGGUGGCAGGACGCGGGUGCCAGCCACCCCGAGCUGCGGCGACCGCACCCCGGGCGGCCGAGCGCGGCUCUGAGGGGCGGGCCGCCCGCCGGGGCCGGGACACCGGGAGAGGUUGGCUGGCGCAGCUUGGGGACGCGGCCGGUGAACCCGGCGCGGGUGCCGACUCGCGCAGAGGGGGAGCCGGCAGACGUGGGUGGUGUGAGCGCACCGGAGGACGGAGGCUGAACUUGGUGUCCCCGGGAGCGCCGACCUCGAGUUCCCUGCAGCCGGUCCAGGCGGGUGCAUUCAUGAGUGAGGAACCUGAGCACCGAGCAUCCUGACAGCGAGAACAAGGGCCGGUCAGGUCCAGGAGCCCCUCUCUGCCUCCCCUCUUGAGUUCUGCCUUGACCCCCUGGGGAGCCAUCUGUGUCCAUGAUGGGCGUUGACAGCGCAGACUCCCUUCCUCCUGGGUGCAUGUGCCUCUCAGCCCGCCUAUCCCAACCUCACGGACCCCGAACUGCUGCUGGGAGGCCAGAGCCAGGGCUAAGGGGGUGGAGGGCCCCAGGGUCUCAGGAUGGAGCUGCAGCCCAGCACUGGCCCUGUGACCUUGCCCAGCUGACCGACGUGACCUGUGUCUUGGCUUCUUGGUUGCAAAGCUGGGAGUGACCAUCCGGCUCCCGGCCGUGUUGGUGAUGGCAGCAGGCUCGGACCCCUGGAAUGGCACUGCGAACGGCACGUGGGAAGGGGAUGAGCUGGGCUACAAGUGCCGCUUCAAUGAGGACUUCAAGUACGUGCUGCUGCCCGUGUCCUACGGCACCGUGUGCGUGCUGGGGCUGUGUCUGAACGUCGUGGCGCUCUACAUCUUCCUGUGCCGCCUCAAGACCUGGAACGCCUCCACCACCUACAUGUUCCACCUGGCCGUGUCCGACGCGCUCUACGCCGCCUCCCUGCCGCUGCUGGUCUACUACUACGCCCGCGGCGACCACUGGCCCUUCGGCGCGGUGCUCUGCAAGCUGGUGCGCUUCCUCUUCUACACCAACCUGUACUGCAGCAUCCUCUUCCUCACUUGUAUCAGCGUGCACCGCUGCCUGGGCGUGCUGCGGCCCCUGCUCUCCCUGCGCUGGGGCCGGGCGCGCUACGCCCGCCGGGUGGCCGCCGCCGUGUGGGUGCUGGUGCUGGCCUGCCAGGCCCCUGUGCUGCACUUCGUAACCACCAGCGCUCGCGGGGGCCGCGUCACCUGCCACGACACCUCGGCGCCUGAGCUCUUCAGCCGCUUCAUGGCCUACAGCUCCGUCAUGCUGGGCCUGCUCUUCGCCCUGCCCUUCGCCGUCAUCCUGGUCUGCUACGUGCUCAUGGCUCGGCGGCUGCUCCGGCCGGCCUACGGCACCACAGGGGGCCUGCCGCGGGCCAAGCGCAAGUCAGUGCGCACCAUCGCCGUGGUGCUGGCUGUCUUCGCCAUCUGCUUCCUGCCCUUCCACGUCACCCGCACCCUCUACUACUCCUUCCGCUCCCUGGACCUCAGCUGCCACACGCUCAACGCCAUCAACAUGGCCUACAAGGUCACCCGGCCGCUGGCCAGUGCCAACAGCUGCCUCGACCCUGUGCUCUACUUCUUGGCUGGCCAGAGGCUCGUGCGCUUUGCCCGCGAUGCCAAGCCGCCCACAGACCCUAGCCCUGAGCCCCCAGCCCGCCGCAGGCUGGGCCUGCGCAGAUCCAACAGGACAGACACCAAGAGGACAGCAGAUGUGUCGGCCAGCAGUCAGGACACACGGCAGACGGCGUGCGCUGCGGCCAGUGGCGAGAACACUAAGGACAUCCGGCUGUAGGCCCUGAGCCCCUCGGGCUGUGCACCUGUCCAGGGAGGGAGUCGUGGGGGACCAGGGCUUGUUCAGGUGGGAGAUGCACCAUCCGCGACCCAGGCCGGUCAUCCUGGGGGUGAUGACCCUGUGGUCUGUCCCUUGGCAGAGUCACCCGUCCCUGUGGCCCCCAGUCAUCAUUUGCACGUGCUCAAAUAAGGGUUCUAGAAAGGCCACAGCCACCUGGCUUCCAGGCUAGCAGCUGGCCGCACCUGCUACACUACUCCAGCCUAAUGAAGUUGGAUGCAGAAUCAGGCCCAGAGAGGGAGGUGGUUUACCAACGUCAUGCAACAGGCACAGGGCCUGGGCUCCCCUGGGUAAGUGGUCAGGACUGAGUGCCCACCAUGAUGUGGAGCAGGGCUGGGUGCCACGGUGGGCUCAGCCCUGAGUGGCAUCCCAAGCCCAAGGGAUGGACAUCUGGGGACUCCCCAGGGCUGGGAACUACUUCGAGGCUGCGACUUCUACUAAAGGUUAUGUUGCCUGCUGG